AUGGUUUAUCAACGACAAUAUAUAGCAUGUUUAAAUCAGUUCGAUCUUAUCUUUCAGAAUUUAGAUCUGCACAAGGCCGAUCUAGUGUCUUCCAAUUUGAGUUCUCCAACUGGGAAUAAUAAAUACCCCAAGAUACUGGACAACGUGGAAAGACUCGCUACUGUGGCGCAAGCAAAUGGUAAACAAAGUAGCUUAAACAAAAUUUCCGGCGCACAAGAAGUUGAUGAACCUCAAAAUCACAAGUCUACUCGAAACCAAGAUGAUCUUAAGGUAUUAAACGACACGGAAUCGUCCAUUACUGUUUCAGAAGCAAAUGAUGAGGAGUCUCAGGUUGAGUCUGUUGAGAAGGGAGAGUACCUUAAAGCAUUGAACAAUCCGGGAACAUCAAUAAAUAUUGCAGGAACAGAUGGAAAACAGAGUACGCCAAAUAGAGAUUCGAGUGCACAAGAAGUUAGUGAAUCUCAACCUAACGAUUCUGACGAGAACGAAGUGUGUCUCAACAUAAUGAACGACACGGGAACAUACGUACGUAUUGAAGUAGACGAUGCUGUACAGGUUACCAUAAAUAAUGUUCAUAGUCCACAAGAACUAAACGAGCCACAAAUUUGUGAACCUGUUCGUAGUCCACAAGAACUAAACGAGCCACAAAUUUGUGAACCUGUUCGUAAAGAAGAGUAUGCCAAGUUAUCCAAUAACGAAGAAACGCUCAGUACUGUAGCAGAAGGCGAUGGUGAGAGGUAUAACUUCAACAAACUUACCAACAAACUGGAGGAUUCUAGCAGGCAGGAAUUAGAUAAGCCUAAUAAACCACAGUCGCAAGAAGUGACACCGCAGUCACUAGAAGGGUAUCGUGAAGAAGAGUGUCCUAAGGUUUCUGGUCGUGCAGGAACACGUAUAAAAGAAAUAGCCCAUAACAACCCACAGAGACUAAGUAGUUCUAAAAUCUCUAAUUGUUUUACAAAGUUAGUGAAACGUGAGAGAACGUCCAUCCAAGAAAAAGUGGAUGAACCAAUAAAGGGAACCCCUAGUAAAGUCCCCAUAAAAUCAAUAUCAAGCGAGUCUCAAACCCACAUUGAAAAAAUAACACGUAACAAUGUUACCUUCACGCAGAAACUGAGCGAAUAUAAACUUUGCGAGUGUGAUUUGAAUAUAGAGUUAGAAGACCAUCAGCGGCUAACUAAACGUGUGAAAACAAGGAUGGAUAAAAGAGCAACUGGUGCACGAAAGAUACGCCAUAACAGAGCUUUGAAUACAGUAGAAAUAAGUACGGUAGAAAAAGUAGGAUUUCCAACGUUUCAGUGUAGUGGCCAAAUAGCAUACCCAAAGCGAAUAAAGCGUACGGAGAUGGCGAGCGAUGAAAAUGCGGACAAUGCUGAGGCUAGUGACGAAAUACAAGAACCGCGUGCAAAGCGUAAGAAAACGCAGGUUUCCACCGAACAAGAACCAAGUGGAUCGCAAGUAUGUGAAUGUGAUUGUCAGGAAGAGUCAAGCAAGCAAGUGAUUCGUGUUGAAACACCCUCACAUGAGGAUGUGGAUGAGCUUCUAGUUGUUCAUAACGACGUUUCCGGCAUAAAGAAGCCAUCCCCAAUGUUUCAGUGUACUGGCCAAGUAGCAUACCCAAAGCGAAUGAAGCAUACGGAGAUAGACAUCGAUGGAAACUCGGAUAAUCUUGAGACUGUCGAUAACGAAACACAACAACCGCAUGCAAAGCGUAGGAAAACGCAAAGUGAAUCACAAAUGUCCGAUUGCGAUCUUCAAGAAGAACACCCGAAUCACGUAAACAUUGCAAAAACACACAUCAGUGAAAAAGAGGAUAUUACCCAGAACAAAGUUUCAACCACCAAAGAGGCAAGUGAAUCACAGGUUAGUGAAUUUGAAGAAACGUAUCGGAAGGUUUUUGAUAGCCUUUGCAACCAAGUUGCCAGCGCACGAAAGCGAUCUUCUAUAUUGGGCUGCAAUCGCCAAGUAGAACACCAAAAAUCCGCGCUGCUUAUGGAAACACCCGAAAACGCGGAUGACCCACAGGUUAUCCAGAAAAAAGUUCCCACCUCACAGACACCAAGUGUAUCUGCAUGCGCAUCCGAACAUCGAGAUGAUGUAUCUGCGUUAAAGACAAAGCGACGAAAAUCCAGCGGCUUUUAUACGGGCGACGUUUCAUUUGCACGAACUGUAUUGGAAAGAUGGAUCAGAGAACACGUCAGUGAUGGUGAAGAUGAAAAUUAA